AUGACAAUGAUAUCCAUACCAUUAUUAUGAAUUUAAAAGUGUUAGUGUAUAUGUGCUUGCAUGUGCAUGUCAAACUUUUGAGUUCGCUCGCCAAAUAUUGCGUGUUAGGCACCAACUAAUGUAGCUAGUGUGUAUUUUAGCAAGUUUCUAUCAACACACAGCUGAUAUAACCUGGAUAGAAAGAACAGGAAUCAAUGCUGGAGUACUUCAGCCAUGUGAUGAUUGCACUUCAGACAAGAUUAACCUUCCCAUCCCAUUCCCAUUUGGACAGCACUACAACAGCUCCAUCUAUGUGUCUUCAAAUGGCGUGAUUUCCUUUGGAUCACCCUUCUCCGAUUAUUCUGCCGUUCUCUUCCCCUCAACUAAUGACAGUUCCGUAUAUUCGCGUCUUGUUAUUGCUCCUUACUGGACAGACAAUGAUGCCAGUUACUAUGGCCAGGUCUCCUGGGAGAUGUACAGUACUGGAGACAGUCCAGGGAGUGAUGAAAUUAUUGAUAGGAUUAAUUUUUUCAUCAGCAUGAACAGUAAUAGCUCAACCUUUUCUGGAAGGUUUGUGUUUAUAGGGACCUGGAGUGAGAUGCACCCAUACUCUGGUGAUAGACUUGCUGCUAAUAUUUAUUUUAGCAAGAACAAUUCUUACCAAGCCGUGCUUGUCACCGAUGGAGGAGAGAAAUCUUUUGCGAUCUUCACAUUCAAGUGUGGUUCUCUUGGGUGGUCAGGAAGGAGAUCUACUAUUGGAUUCAAUGCCAGAGGGGAGGUCUGGGCUAAUCACCCCCUUAGUGGUCAACCAUACUCCAAUGCAAUCGCCUGCUUAAACAGCCACUCAGUGUGGAACAACAUUGUGUAUGACCUCACUUCCUACACACACAACACAGACCACGGAUCAGGAUCUCAGUCAAUACUCUGUUCGAGGAAUGCAGACUGCACAGAGUUCUAUGUGGGAACCAGUUUCUCAAGCUGUUGUAGCACUGAGGGUGUGUACACCUACAUUAGUGACAGUCGCUGCCUGUUGUGCUAUGAGUUGGUAGACUAUAUUAUAUCCAAUACUUCCGUGUUGGAGCUAACCAGUCAACCUCUAUCAGUCAAUGUACAAACUGUGGAUGAUGAUGUGUACGAAGGAACAGAGACUAUCAUCCUGACUUUAGUGCAGACUAAUUCCUCCAAUAAUGUGACGUAUGAUUCCGGUUUGACGUCUGACACUGCUUUCAUCACUCUGGAAGACAAUGACAAGCUGACUGUAAAAUUUGGCAAAACUAUUCUAACAGUGAGUGAAGAUGUUGGAGAAGUUAUCGUGACAGUCUCUAUGAUUGGCAACACUAAUGUACCUAUCACUGUGGACGUUGUAUUUUCUGGAAUAGCUAAUGAGGCCGAAGAUUUUGUUUGGGGCGAUUCUCGAACACUGAGGUUUGGCCCGGGAGGAACACGGGAGUCAAAUGCUAUUCUGCAAGUAGUAGACGAUACUGUGAUUGAGGGGCAAGAGACACUAACCAUUUCCCUCACUAAUCCUCAACCUCCUGAUGCUGUGGCACUCCUUGGUUCAACUACCAUUAUCAUCACUAAUGAUGACUUUCCUCAUAUUGGAUUUGAACAAGCACGAUAUACUACAUCUGAGGCAGAAGGCAGUGUCACUAUAUGCAUCAGUGUCCUCACUGGUCCUGUUAUUGAGAGCCUUACUAUCACUGUUCAUGUGGGGUCCAGCUCAGCAACAGAUAAUGACUUUCAGUUUGAGAAUCCCCCGAUAAUUGAAAUACCAUCAGGAGCAAGCAGGGCCUGCCUAGUAAUUGCCAUACUCAGUUCACCAGUAGUUGAGCAUGAUGAGGAGAUACACUGUAGCAUUGACGACAACAACAUAAUGGCAGUUGUGGAGGAUGCAAUAACUACAGUCGUUAUUCAGCAUGAUGGAGUUGUUACUCUAGGAUUUGAAGACGAGUCGUACACAGUCAGUGAAGGUGGCUUAUUGGAGUUGGGUGUCUCCAAAUCACUUCGCUGUGACUUUGACAUUCACUUCCGAGUUAGGGCUGAUGGACUCCUUUACGAAGAUUGGGUUAUUCAAGCCGCUGCAAAGAGGACUAUGAUUUCUGUCACUCUCCCGAAUGAUGAAGUGGCAUUGGAACCUGAUGAAAUACAUGUUCUUACACUUUCACUUUUAGUCCCAGAUCUUCAGUAGAACUGCAGUCUUUCCUUUCACAUUGACCAUCAUGAUGACGACGUAGUACACCAUCACUGAUGACGACAGUAAGUAUAGCUAGCUACAGAAACCUGGAGUUUUUAGCAGGAUGCGUGGGCGUGUAUUAGCUAAAACAGUGGCAGUAUUGAGUUGUCUGUUGGCCUUUGGACUGAAGUGGCGGUACCAGUCUCCGUGGACAUCGUCGUCAGCAAUGGCACGGCCCUCGAGGGAAAAGAUUUCAUAAUGCCUCAAUCUCUGCACUUUACGUUCAUCAAGAAGGGGGAAAGUCAGUCUUUCUCUGUGACAAUUGAGGAUGACGGAGAAACAGAGGAAACGGAAACGCUUGUGCUUUCACUGAUAAGUUCCAACUCUUCCGACUCUGUACUUGUAAACCAUGACAUCUUGAAAAUUACAAUCACCGACAAUGAUGGUAAAGAGAGCAGUUCAAAGUUGUCAAACAAUCUCCUACUCCUUCUACUCGUUUUAGUCAUUCUCAUAGUAGCAGCUGCUGUUGCUGUUGUUGUGACAAUCUCCUGUUACAAGAGGAGACGGCAGAGAUCUCUAAAACCUCCGACACUGCAGUGCUCCAACUCUCUGGGUGAUGGAAACGACUAUGAUAGUCCUCCCAAGGCUAGUGAAGGGUCAACUCCUCAAUCUAAUGAAAACAAAAACAGUGGUUUUGGUGGGAUGAUGGGAAUAGCGGUCCCAGUGCUUCUACCCUUAGAACACCGGAGGAAACCAAGUGUGAGUGUGCCACGUGGCACUACUGAGCGACAAUUUGACGAGCAAUCUACUAGUAUGCUUGAGCCAAAUGUUUCUAGGCCUCGGACGUACCGCAAACCUUAGUGCACCGAGAAGUGCCACUGAGCCUCGACAUGGCCGAAAACCAAGUAUGACAUUACCAAGUAGUGUCGUCAAGCCAGAGCGUUACCCAAAACCAAUUGUGAGUGUGCCGAGUAGUACUUCUGUCCCAAAAUCUGACAGGAAAUCAAAGCCAACUGGGCCUCUAGAUUACCGCAAAGCAAGUUUGAGUGUGGCUAGCAGUGAUAUUGAGCCUCGAUGCGACCGGAAACAAAGUGCAAGCACAUCAGAGAGUACCGCUGAACGAAAACGUGAGCGAGAUGAUGAAAGACAGUAUGAAAAUAUCGGAAUCUUCUUGAUGACAAAACCUGUUCUAAGUGAUGAACCUGAGGUGAAAGAGAACAUUGCAUACAGAUGCGUUGAGAUCCCAAGUUCCGAGUAUGCUGUACCACAGAUUCGACCACAGCAGCGUCUCCAGAGGGCAAGGCACGCUCCUCCACGUCCCAGUGAAGUACAGGCUGUUGAGGCUUACGCUAAAAGCACUCUUUAAACAGCUACAAAAGACCUAUCAGGAUACAAUGUUUUCCUUUUGUUCACUAAUUUUAAUGUUAACUUUUGGUGUUUUUGAGUCUCCUUUUGCACACGGAACAUGUAGUUUUGUUGUGGAUAUUAUACACAAGAACAAUAAUCUAAGAUCUACCCGC